AGGAGACCAUUUUCUUUUUUUAUAUUUUUUUUUUUUGUAAGAAACGGGCGCUGGCAGGAGACCAAUUGAUCAAGAAGAACUGAAGAAGAAAAAGAAAACCGAGAAAAUAAAGAGUGAAAAUCGCGCCAAAAUAGCAGCCGAGAUUUUACCCGAGAGACCUCUCUCUGUACAAAAUCCAAACCACCUCGUCGUCUCUCUUGAUUUCUUCGAGAAGCGAAUCAGUUAUGGAUUCUUUCUCAGUGGUUUCCACGCCCACAAAAUUCCCAACCCGUACCCGAAAAUAAAAAUUGACUCUUUUCCUACUCUCUUACGACUCUUUCACUUCCACAUCCCCCCACACCGCCUGCGUCAGCUUCCUUCUCCCACCCUCACUCUUAUAUCUCCUCCUCAAGCCGUUCUCUUCAUCUUCUUUCAUUGGGUUCGCUGAAUUCUCGUCACACAAUCUUUUAUUUGAUCCUUUUGGUGAGGUUUUGAGUGUUGGGUCUUAAUGAAGAUGGAGGGGAAAUUGGUUCUGGUCACCGGCGGCGCUGGAUUCAUCGGCACCCACACGGUGGUCCAGCUGCUCAAAGAAGGUUUCAGGGUUUCCAUCAUCGACAAUUUUGAUAACUCCGUCGAAGAAGCUCUCGACAGGGUCAAAGAAGUCGUGGGUCCUGCUCUCGCUGCCAAGAUCGAGUUCCAUUUUGUUGAUCUCAGAAACAAGGACGAUCUGGAAAAGGUGUUCGCCAAGUCAAAGUAAGUCAAUUGCGUUUUGAAAUAGUUCCAGUUGGUUUUCGUUGCUUCAGAUUUGAUGGUGUUAUCCAUUUUGCGGGCAGAAAGGCUGUAGGGGAGAGUGUUGAAUAUCCUCGACGUUACUUUGACAAUAAUCUAAUUGGAACCAUCAACUUGUAUGAGGUCAUGGCGAAGUAUAACUGUAAGAAGAUGGUGUUCUCCUCAUCUUCCACUGUUUAUGGCCAACCUGAGAAAAUACCUUGUGUGGAAGACACCGAGUUGAAGGCCAUGAACCCUUAUGGUAGAACUAAGCUUUUCCUGGAGGAGAUUGCUCGAGAUAUCUCCCAAGCAGAAUCGGACUGGCAAAUCAUAUUACUGAGGUACUUCAAUCCCGUGGCAGCUCAUGAAAGUGGCAAAAUAGGUGAAGAUCCUAAGGGCAUCCCGAACAAUCUUAUGCCCUACAUUCAGCAAGUGGCUGUUGGUAGGCUCCCCGAGCUUAAUGUGUAUGGUCAUGAUUAUCCCACGCGGGAUGGUACAGCGAUACGGGACUACAUCCAUGUUAUGGACUUGGCAGAUGGUCACAUUGCUGCUCUUAAGAAGCUAUUUACUCCUGAUUUCAAAGGUUGUGUUCCGUAUAACUUGGGGACGGGACGAGGAACAUCCGUACUUGAAAUGGUUGCUGCGUUCGAGAAGGCUUCUGGAAAGAAAAUCCCAAUGAAGCUAUGCCCAAGAAGAGCUGGAGAUGCUACAGCUGUUUAUGCUGCUGUUGACAAAGCUGCAAAAGAGCUCGGCUGGAAGUAUGUUCUUUUGACAUCUUAAGCUACCUAACUACUUGUUAUAUGCUAUCUUGUAAUGGUUUGUGUAUUGCUAGUAGAGAAACAGUUGAACGUUUGAUUUAUGGCUCUUGGAGCUAUACUUGAGGUCCUAAUAGGUACUUUUGGAUUUUCUUUUCCAGGGCAAAACAUGGUAUUGAGGAGAUGUGUAGAGACCAAUGGAAUUGGGCCAGCAAGAACCCAUGGGGUUACCAGGGAAAGAAAGCCUAGCUCCUUGAGCACCUGCAACCUUUACUUGCAAGUCAAAACUCCACUGCAGUAUACUUUAGACAGCACACAACAAGAGCUACAAACAACUGCAAAGCAAGAUAAAAGCUCUUUUUUCCCCCUAGUUGAUGAUAGCCAUUUCUUCUUUAUUUCCAAUAAAUGUAGAAAAUUGUGAACUCUAUAUUAUAUGAGUUUGUAAUUGUGGUUAAUACGAAAUUGAAAUUGGUCGUCCAUGCCUGUGUUGGAUAGCUUCUGCUCUUUUUUUAAUCAAAGCACAUAUGAACCAUAUAAUACAUCAUGCAAUCUUUUUAAACAUUAGUUG